UAAAAAUUUAUCUUUAAUGGGCAGUCUUUUACUAAUCUCCUCGGCAGCAGUCACGUAAAAUUGCAGACAAUUAUCUCGAACAUUUCCAAUUAUGUCUGCGUGUCCUUCUUUCAUUAAACUCUCGAGAUAUUCUUCACAUUCAAAUCCUACAUUUAUAUUAUUUAAAGAUUUUUGGUUUUCUUUUUCAGAAAAUUUAAAAUCAUCAUUACAUACAUAUUUUAGAAGCUCUGGUUUCAAAAAGUGUUUACAAACUGUUAUUAAAAGCUCUACAGAUUUUGGCUGCAAUAAAUGAAUUCUUGUUUCCAGAGCUUGGAAAAAUGCAUUGAAAGAAUUAAAAAAAUUCAAAAUAUGUUUUAAAAAUAGCAAAUAUGCUUUUACAUCAAGAUUUUGCAUUAUAGAUAAUAAUUUUUCUCCUGAGUUUGAUUUUUCACUUACGACCAUUUCGGUCAAAAAAAGCUUGGUAGUAUCCCACAACUCAAGAUGUCUUUCAACACAUGAAUGGCGAGAGAGCCACCGUGUAUCAGACAACUUUAAAAUUUUAUGAUUUGUUUCCUGAAAACAUUCUCUAAAAUCUUGAUAAAUAGCAGCACGCUUGGGACUACUGUUAAUAUAAUUCGCCAUCUUUUUUAAAAAUUCUUCACAAUAUUCCGGUAUUUUUGCACAUGCAGCAUGUGCAGCCAAUGCAGCGGAAUGGCAUGGACAUGAAAAUGUUAAUAAAUUUUUACAAACUUCUUCUAACUUUUUUUUUAACGAUAGAUGUUUUCCUACCAUGACAGACGCAUUGUCGCAUGAUAGGGCAACGAUAUUUAAAAAUGGAAUGUUUAAUUUUCACAUUUCACAUUUGAAUGCAUUAAAUAAUUUUUCCGCGCUGCUAUUUCUCGCAUCAAUAUUAAUUAAUUUAACUAAUUGCGUGCGAAUAUCUAAUGUUUCAGGAUCAACAUAUCGAACAAGAAACGUCAUCCAUUUUUCAUUACUAAUAUCAGACGUUUCGUCAAUAAAAAUUGUAAAUUUCGUAUUUUGAAUGCUGUUAACCACACGGGCCGUCUCAACCGGACACAAUACAUUUGAAAUUAUACUUUUACAUUUUGUUCGACCCAUGCUCAUACUUUUCAAUACAUUAGGAUCUUUUCCUACUUCUUGGAAAAAAGUAAGAAUUUCUUUUGCCGUUUGAUGCGAAAUAUUCUUAUCAGCAAUUAACGCGGCAUAUCGAAUUUCUGCUGAUUUCUUUCGCUCUUCAAAUGACAAAAGUGAUUCGUCCGUCAUGUUGAUACUUUCGUCCGUAUUCUUUGUUUCUGUUUUAUUAUUUUUACAUAUUUCUAUGUGUGCUAUUGAUUCUGCGUGACGAUAAAUUUGUGAUAAACCACCAACCAUAGAUUUAUCACAAAAUGAGCAAAAAAACGAAUUUUUGUCAUGUGACACUUCGCGUAGCCAUGGCUUAAAUAAUUCGAUCUCUAGCCAUUGUUGUUUAAAUUUCUGUUUUUCUGUUAAUUUUUUAUUUAAACUCUUAUUGUCAGCAUUUAAUAAUAAUGAUGUACUUUCUUUCAUAUUAUUUUUGUGGCACGCAGAAUCCGCAUGUCUUAAAACAUGUGUGUUGCACAUGUUUUAAAUAAAUAUUUUUAUUACAUAUAAUGCAAUGAUAAAAACUAUCAUCAGAAGAUACUUUACGUAUCCAAGAUUUUAUUCUAUCAUCACUAAGCCAAGCUUCUGAAAAGCUUCGCUUAGAUUUUUUUCUUAAUUCAUCACACAUUUUUAUAUACAGCAAAAGAUAGGCAGAAACAAAGAAUUAAAGAAGAAUGAGUAAAAUAAAAGAUAAACAAUAAACAAUAGGGACUCACAAUCAGAAUUGAUUCAGCUUCUUAGAUAUCAAAAUUUCACAAAACACGUAUCAAAAAAUACGUUGACUCGCAAGUACAAGAGUACAAGGCAACAAGAUUAUCUCACAGAAGCGCCGUGAAACAACAGACAGCAUAUGAAACAAAUGCACGGCGUACGAAACAAAUGAAAAAGUGCCGAGUGCUUCAGUUCACUGAGGAACAUCGCUGCGAUAAAACGUAUCAUGUCUCGUAAGUAGUAAAUUAAAUUAUUAUUAUUUGUAUCUGUUAUAAAAGUUUCAGUUUCUUUCUUCUUUGUAAUUAUACAUAAUAAUCUAUUUAUCGAAGUUUUAUUUACAUAUUUUAUAUUUUGCAGAAGAAAUUAAUGAAGAAAUGCGGCAAUUCGUGCUGCAAAACGAAGGAGCCAGCAUGCAGCAGUUGAUGCAACAAUUGUUGCAUCAACAAAAAAUGCAAGCUGAAAUGCAGCAACAACUGCAGCAACAGCUGCAAUAUUUGCUGCAGCAGCAGCAAAUGCAGGAGCAGCAGCCACAGCCGCAACAGCCGCAACAGCAGCCACCGCAAAAUAAUAAAAAUGACAAAGAAAAAAAAAGAGGUAGCGGUAAAUCGCGAGCUCGCUGGUACAACCAGCGAGGGGGCAGAGGAUGGGUCGUACGUGGCGGCCGGGCCGGUAGAGGCGGCCCUGGAGGCGGCCGCGGCCGCAGAAGAGGCACAGGGUUCCAGGCGAAGGUCCACUUAAAAAAACCGAACGCGCCAUUGGUGAUACCCCAUGGGUGGUGUGGAAAAGCACCAUUCAUUAUGUAA